AAUCGCUGAAGGAAAACAGGACGGCAGAGAGAGAGAGAAGGGGAAAGAGGGAGAGACCGAAGAGAUGUCGAAAAAGUGGCUCAGUGAAAGUGUGCGCGAUUCCCCGUGGAGCAGGAAGAAAUAGACGGAUCCAAAGUACUCUUUAGCACCAUCAUGGACUACUUGUCUGCUGGUCCUGUGCAUCCUGAACGUAUGGACCACAGCUUGGCCGGCUGCACAGCAAUCCCAAACGCAGCUGAAGCCUCGCCGAUCCAGACAGAUGUCACCCCUAUCCUCCUCGUCGUCAGCUGGCAACCUGUCAGAAAGCGCCGAGAGCAAAGUGGAGCGCCUCGGCCAGGCGUUCAAGCGAAAUGUCCGUGAGCUACGUGAGAAAAGCUCCUGCUUGGACCUGGUCUUCCUGGUGGACGAGUCUUCAAGCGUGGGGGCCAAUAACUUCCUGAGUGAGUUGAGGUUUGUUCGCAAGAUGUUGUCUGACUUCCCUGUCGCGCCGGAGAACACGCGGGUAGCGUUGGUGACCUUCUCAUCCAAGACCCAUGUAGUGACGAGGGUGGACCACAUCACAGCGCCCAAGUCCCACCAGCACAAGUGCUCCUUGUUCAACCAGGAGAUCCCGGCCAUCAACUACAGAGGAGGGGGCACCUACACAAAAGGAGCCUUCCAAAGGGCAGCGCAAAUCCUUCGUCACUCCCGUGGUAACGCCACCAAGGCCAUUUUCCUCAUCACUGAUGGCUACUCUAAUGGUGGAGACCCUCGCCCAGUGGCGGCAGCCCUGAGGGAACGUGGCGUUGAGAUCUUCACAUUGGGCAUCUGGCAGGGAAACAUCAGGGAGCUCCACGACAUGGCCUCAAACCCCAAGGACCAGCACUGCUACCUGGUGCACAACUUCGCAGAGUUUGAGGCUCUGGCUCGUCGCGCUUUGCAUGAAGACCUCCCUACAGGUAGCUACAUCCAGGAGGAUCUGUCGCGCUGCUCAUCUCUGUGUGAAGCGGGCAAAGACUGCUGUGACCUGAUGGCCAGCUGUAAGUGCGGCACACACACCGGACAAUACGACUGCAUCUGUGAGAAGGGAUACUACGGCAAGGGUCUCCAGCAUGAAUGCACAGCUUGUCCACCAGGCACCUAUAAACCAGAGGGAACACCAGGAGGUCUGAGCACCUGCCUGUCAUGUCCCGACUCCCAGCACACCUCGCAGCCUGGUAGCACCUCCGUGGACGACUGUGUCUGCAAGCCGGGCUACCAGCCGGUUGGCAUGACCUGCCAGGUGGUGUACUGUCCAGCGUUAUCUCCUCCAGAAAAUGGCUUUUUCAUCCAGAAUGUAUGCAACAACCACUUCGAUGCAGCCUGUGGCGUGCGAUGCCAGCCGGGUUUUGACCCUCAGGGAUCCAGCAUUAGACUGUGCCAGGCUGACGGCACCUGGUCAGGUACACCAGCCAGCUGCAAAGUACGCUCCUGUCCGCCUCUCUCUCGACCUCAGCAUGGCUUCCUGAGGUGCAGCGACGGCGGCGCCUCCUACAGGGCGGAGUGUCAGGUGGGCUGCGAUCGAGGCUACAGAUUGGAGGGAGACUCCAGACUCACCUGUCAAGCGAGCUCCCAGUGGAGUGGACCGCAACCUCGGUGUGUGGAGGUGCGUUGUCCCCCCAUCGUGGCCCAAAAGAACAUCUUGCUGUCGCCCCCUGCCUGUGGGAAGAGGGCAGUGUCGCCGGGCUUCGUUUGCCUGCUCAGCUGUCGUCAAGGUUACAGUCUCCAGGGGAACAGGAAGGCGGUGUGCCUGGGCUCUGGGAACUGGACCGCUAACGUCCAUAAAGCUGUCUGUACAGAUGCUGAGCCACCGUGGCUCCAGUGCCCAACAGAUAUUGUUGCAGAGACGGAUGAGCGACGCGGCACCGCCAACGUCAGCUGGGACGUCCCAGCAGCCACUGACAACUCUAAAGAAGAGGUGGUGGUGCAGGUUAAACCAGUCUACAGUCCUCCCCAGCUGUUACCCAUCGGAAGGGAAGCCAUUACCUACAUUGCGACGGACCGCUCUGGGAACCAGGCCAACUGCUCCUUUACAGUCACUGUCAUCGAUACGGAGCCUCCAUUCAUUGACAGGUGCAGGUCGCCGCCAGCAGUCCAGGCCACGAACACGGAGACGCCAGUCGUUUGGGAGGUGCCACAGUUUUCCGACAACUCAGGUGGUCGCCUCACUGUAACCAGUAGCCAUAGUCCAGGCUCUCUGUUCCCAGUAGGAGAGACGCUGGUCCAGUACACUGCUACUGAUGCAGCAGGAAACAGCCGCACAUGCAACCUUACUGUGUCUGUGCAAGGAACAACUUGUGAACAGCCGUAUGUCCCAGUGAAUGGAGACUUCAUCUGCACUGAGGAGGAGGAGGGAGUUAACUGCACUCUGCACUGUAAGGACGGUUAUAGCUUCACUCAGGAUGCGGUCCACAGCUACUUCUGCGCCUACAACGGUGUGUGGGAGCCUCCCUACUCUUCGGACAGACCAGACUGCUCUUUGAACCGAAUAGCAAACAAUGGGUUUAAGCCCUUUGAGAUGCUGUUUAAAGCAUCUCGCUGUGAUGAUGUGGACCUGGUCAAGUCUUUUGCUGGGGAGUUCAACACCAAACUGGGAGGAAUGCUUCCCAACAUCUGUAGCAGCGAUGAUGUAACCUGCAAACUGGAGGUGAUGUCACAGGGUCAUUGUCUGGAGUACAAUUACGAUUAUGAGAACGGAUUUUCUAUUGCACCAGGGGGUUGGAGCAACAGCUGGGGUCCUCAGGGUGCCCAGGAUUAUGCCUACUUUGAGUCCGGCUUUGCCACAGGCAGCCGGCAGCUCCCCAGCCGACAGCAAGACCGCAGCGUGCAACCCCAGCAUCGCACCAAGAGGCACAGAAAGAUCACAGGCCCCACCAGAGACCAGAAGAUCCAGAUCUUUUUCAACAUCACAGCAAGCAUCCCUCUGCCCCUGUCGAGGAACGACUCAAUUGAAGUGGCCAAUCAGAAAAGGCUCCUGCGGACUCUGGAGCAGCUUACCAACAGACUGAAGCGAACACUGGCCAAGCAGCCGCUGUCCAGCUUCCACGUGUCCUCCGAGAUGAUUGUAGCUGAUCCCAAAUCACUGGAGAGCAAGAAAGCGUCUCUCUACUGCAGGCCGGGCUCAGUGCUCAAAGGCAGAAUGUGUGUCCAAUGUCCAGUGGGAACAUACUUUUCUCUGGAAUAUAAUGAAUGUGAGAGCUGCUGGCUGGGCUCCUACCAGGACCAGGAAGGUCAGCUGGAGUGCAAGUCCUGUCCUGAAGGAACCUCCACAGCCUAUCUUCACUCCCGCAGCAUAAACGAGUGCAAAGGGCAGUGUAAGCCCGGCAGCCACUCUCUGAACGGGUUGGAGAUCUGUGAGUCAUGCCCGCUGGGUCACUUCCAGCCUGGUUUUGGCGCCAGGGAGUGUCUGGUCUGCCCUGACGAGACUUCCACCGUCACGAGAGGCGCAGUGGACGAGGCUGAGUGUGGAGUCCCCUGUUCAGCAGGUCAUUUCUCUCGCACUGGUCUGGUUCCUUGUUACCCUUGUCCUAGAGAUUACUACCAGCCCGAACAUGGCCGCUCCUUCUGCCUCUCCUGUCCCUUCUAUGGAACCACCACGAUUACCGGGGCCACCACCAUACAGCACUGCUCCAGUUUUGGCUCCAGCUUUCUUCCAAAGGAGGAGAGUGUAACUGCUGCUCCAGAGGUGGAGGUCAGUGAGGACUACCAAGCCAGCAGUCAGGUUUUCCAUGAGUGCUUCCUGAAUCCAUGUCAGAAUAAGGGGACUUGUGAGGAGGUUGGAGCAGGAUAUGUCUGCACCUGCAUGCCUGGGUUCACAGGUGCCAAGUGUGAGGUUGACAUAGACGAGUGCGACUCUGCUCCAUGCCAGAAUGGAGGCCUAUGUAAGGACGGUAUGGGAGACUUCCAGUGUCAGUGCAAGCCUGGAUUUUUAGGCUCUUUGUGCGAGGCGGAGGUAAACGAGUGCGUCUCCUCCCCCUGUCUGAACGAAGGUGUGUGUCUGGACGAGGUCAACAAGUUCAAAUGCAGCUGUGCCGACGGCUUCACAGGAUCUCGUUGUGAGCUGGAAAUCAACGAGUGCCUGUCCAACCCCUGUCUGAAUGGAGGUGUGUGCGAGGACUUGACAGGUGGCUACAGCUGUAAUUGUGCCGUCGGAUUCUCAGGGGAUCGCUGUGAGAUCAACAUUGAUGAAUGUUACAGCACUCCCUGUCUGAACGGAGGCUCGUGUCUGGACGCUGUUAACAAUUUCAGGUGUCAGUGUGUGGAGGGCUACCGAGGCCGGCUGUGUGAGGUGGAUGUGGACGAGUGUGAUCCUAACCCCUGUGUGAACGGGGCCAGCUGCUUCGAUGGUUUGGGGGCCUACACCUGCCGCUGCCUCCCUGGGUUCAACGGAACCAGGUGUGAGACAGAGAUGUCCUCUGCCUUCAACUUGGACUUUGAGGUGUCUGGUAUCCAUGGUUACGUGAUGAUGGACGGAGUGAUGCCGGCGCUGACAGAAAUCACCUGCACCUUCUGGAUGAGAUCAGUGGACACCACCAACUAUGGCACACCUGUGUCCUACGCUGUGGAGGGCAGUGACAACGCUUUCCUUCUGAUAGACUACAACGGGUGGGUGCUGUAUGUGAAUGGUAAGGAGCGGGUCACUGACUGCCCUGCAGUGAACACGGGUCAGUGGUACCAUAUCGGGGUGUCCUGGAGGAGCUGGGAUGGCGACUGGAGAAUCUACAUCAAUGGGAAGCCCUCAGACGGAGGCAAAGGCCUGUCAGUCGGCACCACUAUCCCAGGUGGAGGGGCGCUAGUAUUAGGUCAGGACCAGGAUCAGAGGGGGGAGGGCUUCAAUCCUGUGGAAUCUUUCGUUGGUUCCAUCAGCCAGCUCAACAUCUGGGAUCGUGUUCUCACACCACAGCAGAUUAAGGUCCUGGCCAGCAGCUGUCCUGCCUCCCAUGUGACCCACAGAGGGAACGUCCUCGCCUGGCCUGACUUCCUCAAUGGGGUGGUGGGCCGAGUCAAAGUAAACCUCAACAGCAUUUUCUGUGCUGAGUGCCCUAAGCUGGAAAACGCCGUGCCACACCUGCAUGUCUCCUCUGUGGAGGUGAGCCCUGGUGCACAGGUUCAGCUGUCCUGUGAUCCCGGUUUCUACCUGGUGGGGGAGCCAGUGCUGCAGUGCCAAAAUAAAGGAGAGUGGAGUCACCCCCUGCCCAGCUGUGAACGAGUGUCCUGCGGACCUCCUCGUCCUCUGGAGAAUGGCUUGUUUCAGGGGACGGACUUCCAUGCUAGUAGCUCUGUGGUCUAUCAGUGUAAUGCCGGCUUUUACUUGCUGGGAGAUGCCAAGGUGCACUGCACCAACAGCGGCAAGUGGGGAGGAAAUGCACCGGCCUGCUUGGAUAUGGAUGAGUGUGCUCUGGGGUCUGACUGUGAUAAUCAUGCCAGCUGUCAGAACACAGACGGCUCCUACACCUGCACCUGUAUUCACCCGUACAGUGGAGAUGGCAAAAACUGCACAGAGCCAGUAAAGUGUGAGAAUCCUGGAGCUCCAGAGUUUGGUCACAGAGACGGCAGCAACUUCCUGAUGGGCAACGAGGUUCUGUUCGGCUGCAGUGACGGCUACGAGCUGAUUGGUUCGUCUCGACUCCAGUGCCUGGAUACAGGGAGCUGGGACGAUGUUGUUCCAUACUGCAGAGCCCUGUCCUGUCCAGCACCGACUGUUCCAGAGAACUCCAUCAUGAAGGGAAGCAACUUCACCUAUGGAAGCAAGGUGACUUUCAGCUGUAAAAAGGGCUACCUGCCUCAGAUCCCCUAUGAAUUCCAGUGUCUGACUAGUCUGAGGUGGAGCGGGACACCACCCAUGUGUCAUCCAGUGACCUGUGGGAGCCCACCAACUGUAGAAAACGCAGACUACAGCCUUGAUUUAAACACAUACAUGUCCACUGUCAGAUAUACCUGCACUGAGGGAUACAGACCACAGGGUUCCAUGGAAGUGGUUUGCGAAGCGACAGGGGAGUGGAGCAGACCUGUACCUCGCUGUGUGAGCGUCCUGUGCAGCGAGCCACCAACCCUGAGAGAUGCUGUGACUGUAGGAGAGAACUAUGAACUGGGAAACAAGGUGCACUAUGUCUGCAAAGAAGGCUACACUCUGAUUGGCCCAGAAACCAGAGAAUGUCUAUCAACUGGCCAAUGGAGUGAAAGCUCUGCCCAGUGCGUCCCUCGCUCCUGCGGCCCUCCGCCUGCCAUCGACCACGCUGAGCCCUAUGAGAGCCACCAGCUGUUCGGAGACACUGCAAACUACUACUGCACUGAUGGAUACGUUGCUGGAAACAACUCUAAGAUGAUUUGCAACGCUCAGGGCGUGUGGGCGCCACCUGAUGGCAUGGAGGCCCCUCGCUGCAUUGCAAACUUCUGCCUACGUCCGCCUGACCUCCCCCAUGCCAUUUUAGAUUCAGUCAACAAACCUAAAUAUGCUAGCAACACUGAAGUGAGCUAUAAAUGUGAAGAGGGCUUCAUGCUUAACACCACAGCCACGCUCAGGUGCCUGAUGGGAGGAGAGUGGGAGCCUUCGCCUUAUGAUAUCGGCUGUGUGCCUGUGAGGUGCUCCAAGCCUGACAGCAUUGAUCGGGGCUAUGUGAUUGGGACAAACUACAGUUUUGGAGCUGUUGUGGCAUACAGCUGCAAUUCAGGCUUCCUGAUCCGAGGGGAGAAGAGGAGAACCUGCAAGGCCAAUGGAGAGUGGGGGGGAGCUCUGCCUAUUUGUGUACCUGUGUCCUGCUCAUCUCCUCCACCACUUAGGAAUGGAUACAUUCAGGUCAGAAGUCGAUUCACAUUCACCAGCAAGGUGACAUAUGCCUGUAAUGCCGGCUACAGGCUGAUUGGCCAUCCAGAGCGAAGUUGUCAAUCCAACCGCCAGUGGUCCAACCACGACCCUCCCGCUUGUGUCCUUUUAACCUGCGAUCCUCCUCCUGACAUCGUCCAUGGACACUACAAAGGCUCGGAGUUCCAGGUGGGACGCAAAGUGCAGUAUGUCUGUGAUGAGGGUUAUGAGCUGGCUGGUGAUGCCAUCUGGACCUGUCUGAAGUAUGGAAAGUGGGACAAGUCGAGACGUCCACGCUGCUCACCAGUCCAGUGUCCAGAGCCACCGCUGGAGGAGAACCACCUGGUCCUGAAGGGCUUAGACUCUGAAUCUGGAACAGUUGAACUGUCCUGUGAGGAUGGCUACGUCCUGGAGGGGGCUCGGAUCCUCCGCUGCACCCCGUCUCAGGAGUGGAACGACACCUUUCCAGUGUGUAAACAAGUAUUUUGUGGUUCACUGCCAGAGGUGUCUUUUGGUGGCCCUUCCUCGUCCUCUCCCCCAUUUCCUUUCAGCUCUGUGGUAACUUACACCUGUAUGGAUGGCUUUACUUUAAGAAAAGAAGGCUCUGUGUCUUGUCUAGCUAACGGGCAGUGGAGCGCUCCUUACCCAGAAUGCAUCCCAGUUGAAUGUCCUCAGCCUGUAGAGAUUUCUAAUGGUAUUGUCGAUGUUCAGGGUCUGAUGUACCUCAGCAAAGCACUGUAUAGCUGUAAGACCGGAUAUAACUUAGUGGGAAACUUCACUGUCCUCUGUGGAGAGAAGGGACUGUGGAUCGGUGGGGUGCCUUCUUGCCGUCCAAUUGAAUGCUCAGUCCCUAAACAGAUAGCCAAUGGAAAAGUGGUUUAUACAAAGCUCCAGUUUGGUAACAGUGCUACUUACUCUUGUCGUCGUGGUUACCGCCUCCAAGGCCCAGAGACUCUGAAAUGCCUGGCCAGUGGAGAAUGGGACAUUGAGUCACCUGCUUGUGUGCAGAUAUCAUGCACUCCACCCCAGCCAAUUGAAAGUGGUUUUGUAGAGGGCCAGGAUCAUAGUUUUGGUGUCACUAUUUUCUACAGCUGUUUUCCUGGCUUCCAGCUAGUGGGCCAGGACCACCUAACAUGUGAGGAGUUUGGUUGGUCAAGCUCUGUUCCUGUCUGUGUACCCUCAGACUGUGGCCUGCCUCCUCACAUUGACUUUGGGGAAUAUGUCCGGGUGACAGACCGGGGAGAUGGAUCUGGUACUGCUUCUAAAGACACUGAACCAGUCUCUACACAUAUGGACUUGAACUUCCUUCAUGGGACACUGAUUGAGUACCACUGCCACAAAGGUUACGACCUCACACGCCACACCAGGUUGGUGUGUCAGGAGGAUGGAGGAUGGAACGGCACCGCCCCAUCAUGUGUCCCAGCAGAGUGCGAAACACCGCCUAGCCCAGAGCAUGGCUGGGUGAAUGUAACUGAUGCGUCCCUCGGCAGUAUGGUCAGAUAUACUUGUGAGGAAGGAUACGAGCUGGACGGGGAGCCUGAGAGACAUUGCGUAUCGGGUCGACUGUGGACUAAUGACGCCCCAGUUUGUCGGCCUGUUUCCUGUGGUGAUCCAGGAGUGAUUGCAAAUGGCACAGCUCAUGGAGGUGAAUUUGUUUAUCCGCAGGUGCUACACUAUGAGUGUAGUCCUGGGUUUGUCCUAAAGGGCAGUGACACUAUUGCCUGUCAGGCAGAUGGAAAGUGGAAUGGUAAGAAACCACAGUGUGAACCAGUGUCCUGUGGUCCUCCUAAAAUCCCCAGUGAUAUUACAUUUAAAGGCAAAGAGUACACCUAUAAUAGUGAAAUAGAACUGAGCUGUCAGCCUGGUUUUCUCUUAAAAGGGAAGUCUGUAACUGUUUGCCAGGCUGACGGCACAUGGAGCCACCAGUCUCCUACCUGUGUACCAGCCCGCUGUGGGAAGCCCUCUCCAAUACCCAAUGGGAGCGUGUUGGGGUCAGAGUUUGGCUACAACAGCAAGGUAAAGUAUGAAUGUGAUGAGGGAUACGUGCUCAAAGGAGAUUCUACACGUGUUUGUCAAUCAGAUGGACUUUGGGACAAACUGCCACCCCGCUGUGACAUCAUUAGCUGUGAUCCACCUGAGGACAUCAGUCACGGCUUCCUGAAUGGCUCCAGCUUCAACUACGACGACGUGGUGGAGUAUGUUUGCUUCGACGGCUACGAGGCAGUGGGGGAUCCCAUCCUGCGGUGCUCCGCUCAAGGCCUCUGGGUGGGCAGCGUGCCCCAAUGCCAGCCCUGCGUCUGCAACCUCCCUGUAGUGAAAUUCGGGGUGGUUCUUGGCCAGGACCGUGCCUGUGGAGACCGAGUGCACUUCCAGUGUGACGACGGCUACAAGCUGCUGGGUCCCUCUCAGGCGGUGUGUGAGAAGGGAGGUGUGUGGAGCCCCGGGGUGCCCGUGUGUGGCCGGGGGAGGUGCAGUGUCGCCCCGCCGACAGUCCUUAAUGCUGUCUUGCAGGGCGGCAGUGCCACCUUCCCAGACACGGCCAUUUACAGGUGUCGACCGGGCUACCAGCAAAAGGGGUACCCACACCUCUCCUGUGGAAGAGACGGCAGGUGGGGGGAACCCAGGAUCAGCUGUGAGCCUGUGAGCUGUGGAAAACCACCAGCUGUAGCCCAUGCUCAGGUGGAGGGAGACUUCUUUACCUUCCCAAACCAGGUCACUUAUAGGUGUGAUGAUGGAUAUAAACUGGCCACACAGACAGAUUUCCUUGCCUGUCAGACUGACGGCACCUGGUCCAAACACAACAUUCGAUGCCGCCCCACCCCCUGCCUGCUACCUACCAACGUCUCCAUCCCCCAACUCGCAAUCACUGGGAAGGAGUUGACUCCUGUCGGGGGCACCAUCACUCUCUCCUGCCCUCCUGGCUUCUACCUGCAGGGGUCAGCGUUGGCAGAGUGUCAGGUUGGUGGAAGCUGGGCUCCAAGCAUCAUGUCAGUUUCCUGUGAGAUGGUGGUGUGCGAGAAACCCCCUCCUCUUCUUCAUGGUUUAAUUGAGGGGGACAGCUACAACUAUGGAGACUUUGUCAUGUACUCCUGUCUACCUGGAUUUGACAUAAAGGGAGACUCUAUCCAGACCUGCCAGGGAGACAGAACAUGGAGCGGCACGCAGCCAGUGUGUGUUGUCUCCUCAGCACAUUCCUGCGGGCCUCCUCCCACUGUGAAAAAUGCACAGGUCCAGAUGACAGCAGAGCCUCACUCACACAAUGUGAGCUAUGUGUGUAACUCUGGGCUGCAGCUGGUCGGCCCAAGGACUCUCGUCUGUCUGGCCAAUGGCUCGUGGAGUCUGCCAGCACCUACGUGUGAAGUCGCGAGAGGCUGCGACAGCCCCAAACAGAUGCUACACGGCAAAGUACAGGAACACAACCUGAACACUGGGCGUGCUGUGGAGUUCCAGUGUGAUAAAGGCUACAGGCUGGUGGGAGACUCUCUGGUGGUGUGUAUGGGGGGCCACGCCUGGAGCUCCACUUUCCCCACCUGCCAGCCUAAGUCUUGCCCGGCUCCUCCAGGCUGGAAGCAGGACAGUAGCGGGAACGGAUCCCCGCAGGAGUUUCAUGUUGGACAGUCAGUCCGUGUUACCUGCGCCAAAGGGCAGCAGGCGAAAGGCAGCGGCACCAUCACCUGCAGGCCAGACCAGACCUGGAGCCCCAUCAGCUCUGUGUGCGAAAGGGUGUCCUGUGGCCCCCUCCAUGUGGCCAAUGGGGUGGUGCGGGGGGCGGUGUUCCAGUUCGGGGACGUGGCAGUGUACUCGUGUUUUGGCGGCUACGCCAUGGAGGGCGUUGGAAGGAGCAGGUGUCUGGAGAACGGCACCUGGACGCCGCCUCCCACAUGCAGAGCGGUGUGUUGGCUGCAGUGUCAGAAUGGAGGAGUGUGUCAGCGGCCCAACACCUGCUCCUGCCCCGAGGGCUGGAUGGGCCGACUUUGUGAGGAGCCUAUCUGCAUCCUGCCAUGCCUGAAUGGAGGCCGCUGUGUGGCACCCUACCAGUGUGAGUGUCCCACCGGGUGGACGGGAACACGCUGUCACAGUGCUGUGUGUUCGUCGCCCUGCCUGAAUGGAGGCAGAUGCAUCAGGCCGAACAGAUGUAGCUGCACGUCAGGUUGGAGUGGACACGACUGCUCCAGGAAGAGGAAAUCGGUGUACUAUCACUUCUAAAAGGUUCCACUCUGCUCCAUGUGAAUCAUCUUAUGAAGGGAAUUCUUGUAUAGUUAACUGACACACUUGUAAACCAUUCACUCAUCUCUCUCUGCAAAGGCGACGCAAGAACCAUUUUGUAAAAUAAAGCUGUAUUUUUUCAUAUAGAGACUCAACAGUAUUAAACAUAUGCUGCUAUAUACUUGUACGAUGUGUAAAAACUAUUGAUGUGAUGGUCCAAUGUAUAUGUGUAAACUAUUCUCACAUUUUAUUAAAGCAUAAAAUACUGUUACUUGCUCUCUUUCGGUCAGAUUCAGGACAAGGACAAGAAGUUUGUGGAAUUCAUCGGUUUAUUACAUCCACAACGUACAAAGAAGUCCAGGUUUUCAGGAACAAAGCAGAUUGCUCAAAGCAGAGGUAAAAAGUGGUCGUCCAGUUAGAAUCAAAUUUCAGCCCGUUGUCAAGACACUACACACUGCACUGACAGGACUAUGUUGCCAUUACGGGAUGAGUGGGAUAGAAGACUUGAUAGAGAUGGG